GGACAGAAGAUGUAUGAAAAGGAAAGAGAAAAAUAAUUGUAGAUAUGUAGUAUUGGGCAUGGGGUGGGGUUAUACUCAUGGUGGAGAAGUCCGGGUAAUAUAUCAAUCUAGAUUGAGUGAAGACAAAAUAAAAGAUCAGGGUUGAUUAGGGGAGCCCAAUAAGGCUAUCAUAUUAAAUGAUUGCUUGAAGCUUAGAUCUUCAGAAUCUCCCUCUCAAUAUGCGUAUCCUUACUCUCAUUUAUACCUCACCCCCCUUGGGAAGAACUACAAAAAAGAAUUUUCUUCCUUCCUUCACUUAUCAAACAUUCAAUUUAACACUUUCACUUCUCUCUCUCUUUUUUUCCCUUUUCUUUUUCACCCAAACAUAUAACAGCUGCUGCAUAUGAACUGAAACUGAGAAGUGAUCAGAUUAAGAGGGUUGAAGUUGAACAAGAAUCUCUAGGGCUUUGGAGUCAUCACAAGAAAAGGGAAAGAAGAGUUUAUUUGAUAACAUGGCUUGGAUAAUGGGACUAUGGUCUCUCAUGGGUAUUCUUUUAUGUUGGUGGUUUCUAGGUGUGAAGAAGGAUCAGAGUAGAGUGAAGAAGAAUGGAAAAGUUCCAAAAGGGAACAUGGGUUGGCCUUUACUUGGAGAGACCCUUGAUUUCAUUGCUUGUGGCUACACUUCUAAUCCAGUCAGCUUCAUGACAAAGCGCAAGUCCCUGUAUGGUAGUGUGUUUAAGACGAACAUAUUGGGAACUGGUGUUAUUGUGUCUACAGACCCGGAGGUGAACAAGGUGGUUCUGCAGAAUCAAGGGAACAUUUUCGUCCCUGCUUAUCCAAAAUCAAUUAGAGAACUAAUGGGACAACAUUCCAUACUCCAAAUGAAUGGGAACACUCAUAGGAAACUCCAUGCACUUCUUGGUGGCUUCUUGCGAUCCCCACAUUUCAAAACUCGAAUUACAAGAGAUAUUGAGCACUCUGUCAAACAAUGCUUUGCUACUUGGACUACCCACCAACCAAUAUACGUUCAAGAUCAAGUCAAAAAGAUUACAUUUACUAUUUUGGUAAGAGUUCUGAUGAGCAUUGGUCCUGGUGAAGACUUAGACUUCUUGAAGAGAGAAUUUGAAGAAUUUAUCAAAGGCUUGAUUUGCUUACCAAUCAAGUUACCAGGAACAAGACUAUAUAAAUCCUUGAAGGCAAAGGAGAGAAUGAUAAAGAUAGUGCAGAGGAUAAUAGAGGAAAGGAAUGAUAAUAAUAAGGGUAGUGGAGUGAAUGAUGUAGUGGAUGUGCUCUUAAGUGAUUUGCAUAAGGGUGAGUCAAAGUCUUGGUUGAGAAUUAUGAGCGAGAACAUAAUUGAGAUGAUGAUUCCUGGAGAAGAGACUCUUCCAACGGCUAUGACCAUGGCUGUCAAGUUUCUCAGUGACUACCCUCUGGCUCUAUCCAAAUUACUGGAGGAGAACAUGGAUUUGAAGAGGCGGAAGAAUUGUUCAGAUGAUUAUACAUGGACUGACUACUUGUCACUGCAAUUUACCCAACAUGUUAUCAGCGAAACUCUUAGAAUGGCAAAUAUUGUGAACGCCAUUUGGAGAAAAGCAAUCAAAGACGUAGAUAUUAAAGGGUACCUAAUUCCUAAGGACUGGUGCGUUGUGGCAUCUCUAACUUCUGUUCACAUGGAUGACAUGAUCUACGAAAACCCUUUUGAAUUUGAUCCAUGGAGAUGGGAGUUAUUGUAUGGGUGCAGAGAAUUGGAGCUGGAACUGGGACUAGUAACCAUUGUUUCACACCAUUUGGUGGUGGACAGAGACUGUGCCCUGGAAUAGAACUCUCCAGGCUAGAGCUCUCAAUUUUCCUUCACCAUCUGGUCACUACUUACGGAUGGGUUGCUGAAAAGGAUGAAAUUAUUUACUUUCCAACUGUCAAGAUGAAGAGGAAGCUCCCAAUCAGCAUAACAACCAUUGAUACCUGAUUGGGUUGGAGAAUCAAAGGAUUCUUGUACAGUAUAAUAGAUAAAUAGAUGUAUUUUUUUUUGGUCAAUGAUAAAUAGAUGUAUUUAUUAGAAUCUAGAGGGUAAAAUUUCGAGUAGACAAAACGAUAUGGUGACUUUGGGGCCAUGUACUCUUUCGUUAGCUCUAUAGUGUCACAUCAAUUUUCUUAGGGGAAAGGUGCCUUUGGGGCCCUCUAUUUAUAUUCGGAAAAUGAGUAGGAAGAGGAGAUGAUUGCAUUGAAUCCAACCCUGUGAUCUUGGGUCUUUGUCCAUUAAAUUUUGUUGUUUACCCCAAAUCCAAUGUAAUGUACGUUUGCGGUGGGCCGGGUUGGAUCUCCAAUUCUCCAUGCUGGUUUUGUUGUUUCUAUUGGUCUCAUGCUCAUGACAACCGUUAUUAGUGGUGUUGACGUGUUGUACAACUUGUUAGGGGAUAUAGGGGAGCUCAUGGGUCGAUGAGCAAGAGAUAUUGAUGUCACAUGUUAACUCAAAACAUUAAGGCAUUAGGUCUAUGGGUCACAUCUCUUAUAAAGUCUUCUCCUCACACAAACUUAACCAAUGUGGGACUUCAACUCCGCACUUGACUUCUCAACACAACUCUUGUACCAGAAGUAUGAUCUCAUAAUCAACAUCCCAGCAUCAUUAAAAAUAUAAUAUGGACGAUGAAGAUAGAAGGAUAAUCUCAAGUCCCCCUUAGCCUUAUGGUGCAUGUUCGGGGGAUACGUGGACACCAAAGGUGGGUCCUUGGAUGUUACACUGAUGCUCAGGUUAGCAAAGAGGGGGAGAAUAAUGAUUAUGGGUUGAACAGAUAGUGUAUACCUAAGGAGUUUCCCCUUAAUGUGUAUAAGGAUGGUUUGAGACGUUUUGUG